AUGUUUCCGCGAGCUGCCAUCAUCUGGGCGUCGAUUCUCGUUAGCGCGAGUGCUUCCAACUACACCCUUUCAUUCCGGUCCUCCGAUGUAGUGGCAAACCUCAAUACAAUCACCCGGGUGCUAACCGUGGAACGCGAUGCCAAACCAGUUCAAACGAUCCUCAUGGACCAGGAUCUGGGAUCUGUGACUGCCUUCGAACAACUGGCCGAAGGAUUCAAACUGACUAAUUCGGACGGAGAAGUUACGGAGUUCACAAUAGACUGGGACGGAGAGGAUUUCUCGCUGUUCACCGUUGCACGGAGAAGUCGACAUCGCUCUCGAAUGGUGGUGGAUUGCGUCAAACUCGGUGGAGAUGUGAACUGGUUCGGUGGACCGACGCAAUUCACGCAGUACUGGCCGGUUCAGAAGCAGAAGUUCAACGAGUACGCUUACAUCAACAAGGCAGAGGAUAGCUGUAACAUCGCGGAACGAUACUGGUUGAACUCGCUGGGAUCUUUCGUUUACGUGGACGAAGAAGCUCCACUGUUCGUUGACCAGAACUACGGCCAGCCGGGUUAUCUGUGCUUGGAGGCGAAGAAGUCUCUGCCCUUCGACGUCCAUGACGAUACGUAUUCGUUCGUGUAUCAGAUUGGGGUUGGUAGAGAUGCGCGGGAAGCUCACAUGGGAGCUGUUCGCAGGAUUCUGGGGAAGCCCACAGGGCAUCCAGCGGAAGAAAUGGUCCGGUAUCCAAUUUGGUCGACUUGGGCACGCUACAAAAAGGAAAUCAACGAUACUGUGGUCUACGUGUUUGCUGAUGAAAUCUACAAAAAUGGGUGGAAAAAUGGACAAGGGCAGAUAGAGAUUGACGACGACUGGGAAACGUGCUACGGAUCGCUAGAGUUUAGUAGUUCGAAGUUCCCGCGAAUGAUACAUACCGUUGGAGUAUUGAAGGCGAAGGGGUUCCCUAGGGUGACCCUAUGGGUUCACCCUUUCGUCAACAAAGAUUGCGAACCGGUAUACUCCGAAGCAGUUCGUAACGACUACCUGGUGAGGAAUCACAGUGGCCAGACGGAAGCGCAGUGGUGGAACAGUGAGCCGGAAGGCUCAGUGCAUCUAGACUUCACGAAGCCCGAAGUUGCCGAAUGGUUCACGGAACGUCUGAAACGCAUUCAGUCCGAAACCGGGAUCCACGGUUUCAAGUUCGAUGGAGGCGAACCCAGCUGGAUGCCUGAGGACCCCGUGCUGAACGGACCCCGCUCGAAGCAUCCGUUGCUCAUUACGGACAGCUACCUGCGGACGGUGGCCAAGUUCGAGCAUCUAGCGGAAGUUCGAUCAGCUCGACGGACGCAAGAUCUGCCGAUUUUCGUACGGAUGAACGACAAGCAUUCCUCGUGGGGAACGAUGAAUGGAUUACCGACGUUGAUCCCGACGCUAUUGCUGCUAAACAUGGUCGGGUAUCCGCUGGUCCUGCCGGACAUGGUCGGUGGAAAUGGCUACUACAACCAAUUCCCGAGUAAGGAGAUGUUUAUCAGGUGGCUGCAGGCCACGGUGUUUAUGCCGAGCAUUCAGUUUUCUAUUGUUCCGUGGGAUUUCGACGAGGAGACUGUGCGUAUUUCGAAGAAGAUGACCGAUUUACACGAGAGGUUCACGCCGAAGAUCAUGGAGCGUUUUAAGCUGUCUGUUUCCGAGGGUUAUCCGGUCAAUCCACCCAUUUGGUGGGUUUCUCCGGAUGAUGUCGAGGCUCAGAAGGUGUUCGACCAGUUCAUGCUAGGAGACGACAUCAUCGCUGCACCGGUCGUUCGGAAUAACGUGAGGGCCAGAGAUAUCUAUCUGCCUGAGGGAGAAUGGGUCGAUGGGAACAUUGCCACCGUAUACGUUGGACCGCGUUGGAUUCGGAACUACUCGGUUCCACUGCACAUUUUGCCGUAUUUCGUGAGAAAAGGUGUCAAGAUUUACUGAUGAUUGUAAUGUUUCCGAGGAAAUACAGCAGAGUGAAGCAUA